AUGAAGAAAGGUGAAAAUGCCAUUUUCACCAUCCCACCUGAGCUAGCUUAUGGUGAAUCUGGUUCUCCUCUAACUAUUCCUCCCAGCUCGACUCUCCAAUUUCAUGUUGAGCUUCUGUCUUGGACUAGUGUGAAGGACAUAUGUAAAGAUGGAGGUUUGUUUAAGAAGAUACUUACUGAGGGGGAGAAAUGGGAGAAUCCCAAGGAUCCUGAUGAAGUCUUAGUUAAGUAUGAAGCACGUCUUGAUGAUGGAACACUUGUAACGAAAUCUGAUGGAGUGGAGUUCACAGUUAAAGAAGGUCAUUUUUGUCCUGCUUUGUCAAAGGCUGUUAAAACCAUGAAGAAGGGAGAGAGAGUUAUUUUGACUGUGAAGCCACAAUAUGGAUUUGGUGAGAAGGGUAAACCAGCGCAUGGUGACGAAGGUGUAGUUCCACCUAAUGCAACACUGCAGAUUACUCUCGAGUUUGUUUCUUGGAAGACUAUGUCAGACGUAACUGAUGACAAGGUUAUUUUGUUAUUGGAUUUAAGAAAACGAUCAAAUUUACCAGAUGGUUAA